ACGGUGUGUGACGACCACUGGGACCUGCAGGAUGCGGCUGUGGUGUGCCAAGAGCUGGGCUGCGGCUCGGCGCAGUCAGCCCCUGGCACCGGGCACUUUGGGAUGGGAGCCGGACCCAUCUGGUUGGAUGAUGUCAACUGCACGGGGACCGAGGUGGCCCUGUCCUCCUGCAGGACGAAGGGCUGGGGAAAGAACAACUGCCACCAUGGUGAAGACGCCGGUGUGGUGUGCUCAGGUGCCUCCAGCCACCGCACGACCACCCGCACUGGUCCUGCAGAGCUCCGCCUGGUGAACGGCUCCAACCGCUGCUCGGGAAGGGUGGAGGUGAUGCACAAUUCCCAGUGGGGAACUGUGUGUGACCACCACUGGAGCAUCCCCGAGGCCACGGUGGUGUGCCAGGAGCUGGGCUGCGGGGCUGUGGCCUCAGCCUAUGGAGCAGCUCACUUCGGCCAAGGCUCAGGUCCCAUCUGGCUGGACAACGUUCAGUGCAACGGGAGUGAAGCUGCUCUGGCCGAGUGCUCGGCCCAGCCCUGGGGUGUCAAUGACUGCAACCACGGGCACGAUGCCGGUGUCGUCUGUGCAGAUGAGGACACUCAGAAGCAGCAUGUGCUGCGGCUGGUGAAUGGCUCCAACACGUGCAUGGGGAGAGUCGAGGUCUUCCAUGACAAGAAGUGGGGCACGGUGUGCGACGACACGUGGGACCUCCGUGAUGCCACCGUGGUGUGCCGGCAGCUGGGCUGUGGCAUGGCUUUGUCAGCGCUGGACUCGGCUCACUUCGGGCCAGGGUCAGAUCCCAUCUGGCUGGACAAUGUGCACUGCACGGGGACCGAGUCCACCCUCACCAAGUGUGCGCUCAACAACUGGGGAGAGCACAACUGCGCACACAGCGAGGACGCCGGAGUGAUCUGCUCAG